GACCGCUGCCCCCCGGAUCUGCCCGAGGCCGGGCCCCAGCGAGCUGCGCCCCUCCCCUCCCCUCCCCCCCUGUGUUUUCAAGCGUUGCGGAAAGUCCCAAGUUCACAACUUAACUUUCGCUUUCGCUUGUUUGCGUGUCGCAGCGCGACGCGGCCCCUGCCCCUGCCCCUGCCCCUGGACCGGGGUUAGGGUCCUGCCCGGGCAGCGGGGCCGUGCGGAGCAGCCGGGCAGCGCGGGGGCUGCAUGGGGGCGUGUGGCGGCGAGCGGGGCGGGGACCAUGAAGCUGACUUUUCUCGUGUUCUUGGUAAUUAAAACAAUUCCUUCAGAAGCUAUGCCCUGCAGUCCAGGAGAGUACGUGGUACAUGGCGAGUGUUGUCCCAUGUGCAGUCCAGGUCAACGAGUACAGAAACAUUGCAGCAAUUUCUCCUCCACAACCUGCAUUCCUUGUGUGGGAAACACAUACACAGACCAUCCCAAUGGCUUAGAGGAGUGCAGAAGAUGUAAAUUUUGUGAUGAAGAACUCAAAUUGAUAAUAAAAGAAAAAUGUACAUACACAAGAAACACAGUGUGUGGCUGCAGAGUGGGCUAUUUUUGCCGUGUUUUUCACGAUGAGGACUGCGAAAUGUGUCAAAAACAGACCAUCUGUCCCCCUGGCUUUCGGUUGUCCAUUCCAGGUACAGCGACCAGUGACAAUGUAUGUGAGAUCUGUCCUAAGGGAACCUUUUCAGCAGCAAAUAUGUCAAAGGUCUGCACACCGUGGACCAGGUGCGAAGACAGCGGUAUGGUUGAAGUAAAGGCCGGGACGUCUGCUUCAGAUGCAGGUUGUGGAAGCAGAGAUUUUGUGACAGCUGUGACAGUGACUGGUUUUGUUAUACUCGUCUUGUUGUUGAUAUCUGUAGCAGUGUUCUUCUGCUGGCGAGAAAAAAAGAAGAGGAGCCGGUAUGAGCCACGUAAGUGUCAGCAGCCGAGAGCUCCUAGCGUUCCAAGGGGCGGCUGUAACUCGGGUCGGCAGCGUGUGCCUGAUGGACUUUGUUUCCCCUGGAAGAUCCUGAGCAGCAACUUCUAACUAGGAGCCCUGAGCAUGUCAGAUAAGGGUUGGGCGUUUGCCAUUGUACUUCUACCCUGGGCGUCUCCCCUGGGGUUAGUGCAGGUAACAGUUACAGCCAUGCAGUCCACGUACUGUCCCUUGGCCACCCCAUGUGCAGCUACAGGCAGAGGUCGGUCUUGUGACCUUAAUUGCAUGAAUACUGUGAUGCAAAACACCCAACUGCUGUCUGACAGGACUGUUUUCUUUCCUUUGCAGCUACACAGGAGACAGGGGUGAGUGCCUGAUGGCUUAUUUUUUACGUGCCCCAGCCAAAGUCAGCUUGUUCGACAGGGCAUUGUGAGCUGUGUCUGUGUGCUGGAAGAGUCUUGACUGACUGGUGUGUGUGAGUGUGCGAGUGAGACCAGCUUCUGGGAGCCAGCAGCCCCUUUAAGGAGGAGUGGAGGGAUGCUGCAAGGGAGCUAAUUAACUGAUGCAGAGCCUUGCUCCAUGUCAGCACAAGUCUUUCUUCUGCCAUGGAAACCUUGAGGGAAAUAGGCUGUCCCUUUUGAAUUCCCCAAAAUAUACACUGCGUGAGCCCGCUGUGGUACUCUCCCAGGUGUGCUGCAGGACACUGAGUAUGAACCCCUGGUGCAGUGAAUGGGUAUUGGGCUGGAUAAGCAUUGGUCAGGGAUGAUGUAAGAGUACAUUUUUGUAUUUGUGCAGGAGAUUGGAUCAGAGGACCCUUGAGGUCCCUUCCAACACUGGUUCAUUGCAAUGGAGCACUGUGCAUGGCUUGUCAGAUGUGGGGCCAGUGUUCCAAAUGGAGACACAACUUGCAUCUCUAGGACAACAGGACAUGACCCUGAAAUUCUGGACUGGCACAGAAAACGUGAAAUGUUUGACUUAACUUGGUCUGUGCAUAGACAGGGAUUUGGCCUCUGCUUUUUGAGAAGUGCUGAGGUUCUGGAAUGAGGGAUGCCCAUGGAGUGUGGAGAGCUGUGAUAAUUCAGUGUCGGGAGUGUCCUUGUUCCAAGGGGCAAAUUGCACUGGUGUCUCGGCUGGAGUGGAGCAUGGCCAUGAAUGGCUAUGCCACCUUUGAAUCCCACAAUAGACCUGGAUGUUCCAAGUCUCUCUUAUUUUUCAUUUUUAAAGGACAGAUGCCUUGUGAAACGUGUGGAAGCACUGGUGCAAGUGCCGGAGAAUGGGCAUGAGAUAGCCGUAGGCAUUCAGGAAACAGCCUCACACCCUGGAGUGCUGGCUGUUCCAGGCCUCUGACCUGACACAGGCAAGAUCAGUUGAUGGAGGAAAGCUGUUGUAAAGGGGGAAGAACAAAGAGCUCUUAGCCAAGCCUGCAAGCCGUAUGUGUGGAGUCAUGGGGAAUCCCCAGCCUAGCUCCUGUGGAUGCAGCAUAGGCUUCUUGGAUAAGACCCAACAAGGAAGAACUGAGAAUGCAUCUAGCCCAGUACAGGAACAGGACAGUUUUCAGACUCCCUCAUUGCUGCAUUCCAGUAUCCUCCUGUUGUGGGCCAGGGUGCUUUUCUUGAGCUGUAUCUGGAGCAGCAUCAUAGAAGCACCCUUGUGGGGGACACUCACUGUACGACUAUCCUGCAGCACUCAAAUGUCUGAAGUCAUACAGGAACUUCCUCACCAUCACCCAACCUGUUGAUGCCACACUCAAGGAGGCACAAUGACGGAUGUGCAACGAGAGGCUGAAGAAAACACCUGACAGUGACAAUAUGUACGUUCCAGCAGCUGAGUCCUUCCCAGCAGGGGAUGAGGGAGCAUGGCAAAGGCGGCGAUGUCUCAACAACUAUGUACCAGAGUCGGACCGUCCAAGGGACCAAUGAAGAAGUGUGGCUACACCCGUGUUUCAACUACCUGUGACUGGCACAGAGCCUCAGACUGGGCAACACUUACAGCAGUGUUAGCUACACAAAGACACAUGUACGGUGAAAAAUGUUGUAAAGUAUAUUAAACGAACACAAGCGUGUACUAAAAUGGUCAAAUGUGGUGUAGAAACAGAAGAAGAAGAAGAAGAAUGGGAAGCAGUCUCCUUUUCCAUGUGACAUCACUAUCCCUGAUUAUCGCAUUUCUAUUAUGAACUCUCCCAGUGGACACACUGCCAAGAUUGAGGACUGGUGUCUGUGAACACUGGGCUUCAUUGCAUACCUACACUUGUAUUCUCACUGGGUUUAGUCACUUCUAUGUAAGACUCUCCCAUGCGUGUAUCGCGUUAGACGCUGAGGCCACAAAGAGUUUCUGGUAUCCAGAAAUCUCUCAAGUCAUUUCCUGUAUUCACCCACCCAUUGAUCCCUCAACCUGUUUGUUAGUUCUGCCACAUUGAACCAGCAGAUCUCCAAAUAGUCCUGAAGUGGUUGAUGUAUGUAGUGUUAAUAUUGUAAUAAAUGAGGACAGGUUUUUAUAUAACCAGUAGUAAUUCUGAGUACUUUUGCUUACAAUGCAUCUGCAUGUACUUUUCCUUAUAAUACAUCUGUCACUUCAUAAGCACCUUU